UACCUACGUGAGACACUGCACAUCCCACCGUACAAGGAGAUCAACUUGCGGGCGCUUCCGGAUCCUCCCAAAGGGGAGAAACCAAACCAGCCCUAUCCUAUACUGAUCAAGCUCGCGAUCUAUGGAAGCCCGAACAAGCAGCUCACGCUACAAGAGAUAUACACAGCCCUCGAGGACCGUUUCAGAUGGUUUGACGAUCGACGAAACGAGAAGGCUUGGAAGAACUCGAUUCACCAUAACCUUUCUUUGAACAAAGUCUUCAAACAUGUGCCCCGUGCCAUCACGGAGACGGGCAAAGGAAGCUAUUGGCAACUCGACUGCUCUGGUGGUGAGGGUUACAAACGCCCUUGUAAGCGC